CUUGAAUCACUUUAUUGUUUACAGCCGAGCUGAGUAGUCACAAGUGCAGGUCAAAAUAAAGAGACAUGUGCGAUAAUUGCCAACGCUUGGAGACAAAGGUCGAUGCACUGAAAGAAUGCGUUACAAAGCUCAGUACAAAGCUAGACAAAAUUGAGGCUAAAAAUCGACAGUACAGUGAAGCAAUAAUGAAAGCACUUUCUGAACUAAAGAAUGUUACCAAUAAACUGGUUCGUCAGGAUGCAACUGCAAACGUUCUUACGUUUGAUUUUCCAAUAAAUUCAGAUGAGUCUCUUGAAAAAAUAGAAUCCCUUAUUUGCGAUGAUAACAAAAGCUACUAUACGGUUUCGAACCGGGGUCCUCUCGCGUCAGAGGUAGAUGCCUUACCCAUUGAUCCAUCGCACCAUGUUACGCGCGAGUGGAUAAGUUCAAUUUAA